CCUUUGGUGCCUUUCAGGCAGUCUGUACUAGCCGGUCCAGAGUGAUUCCAGGGAGAAACAGCCCGGCUGAAAAUGAAAAUUAUCCCAACCACUUGUUGGACGAGGAAGAAAAAAGAUCGGCAGCAGAUCAGGAUCGGCAGCAAGGGACGCAGGGGAUCCGCUGGCUGCUUGCUGGGAAAGGAGAGCUCAGAGGGUGAACUCGUUGGGCUGCCAAUCCUGCCACCCUGAGACCAGUUUUCUCCAAGGGAGGCCCCCAGCUUGUGAGUUGGGUCAAGGGAGGCUCCUGUGACUCUGUCAUUUCCUGACUGAUUGUGUGUUCUUGUGGUGGUAGAGAGGAGAUGGGUGUGAUGUGAGAAACCUGCAUCCCACAGUGGGAAAGUCAGAGAAGCAGCUGGCCGGCCCAUGCCAGCGUGUGGCAGAGGGAGGUUCACGCAGCUUUCGGCUCAGCUGGCAGACUGGCAGCCCAGCUCCCCGGCUCUCUCCCGACCAUGAACGGAACCUGCUGUCUCAUCAAAGGCAACAUCAUCUCCCAGGUAAUGCCCCCCUUGCUGGUCCUGGCCUUUGUGCUGGGAGCCCUGGGAAACGGCCUCGCUCUGUGUGGCUUCUGCUUUCACAUGAAGUCGUGGAAACCAAGCACCAUCUACCUUUUCAACUUGGCCGUGGCCGACUUCCUUCUGAUGGUCUGCCUCCCUUUUCGGACCGAUUACUACUGGAGGAAUCGGAAAUGGGUUUUCGAAGACAUCCCCUGCCGGGUGGUACUUUUCAUGUUGGCCACCAACCGAGCCGGGAGCAUCGUGUUUCUCACGGUGGUAGCCGUGGAUCGUUAUUUCAAGGUGGUCCGCCCCCAUCACACCUUGAACACCAUCUCCAACCGGACUGCGGCUUGCAUCACCUGUGCCCUCUGGGCCACGGUCAUCGUGGGAACUCUGUAUCUGCUGACCGAGAACCACCUGUGCGUGCAGGGCAGCACGGUGUCUUGUGAGAGCUUCAUCAUGGAGUCUGCCAACGGCUGGCACGACAUCAUGUUCCAGUUGGAGUUCUUCCUGCCAUUGGGCAUCAUCUGCUUCUGCUCCUUCAACAUCAUCGGGAGCCUGAGACAGAGGCGGCAGCUGACCAGGCAGACCCGCAUGAAAAAGGCCACUCGGUUCAUCAUCGUGGUAGCCGCCGUGUUCGUCAUAUGUUACCUGCCCAGUGUCUCGGCCAGACUCUACUUCCUGUGGACAGUCUCGUCGAGCGCCUGUGAUGGGUCUGUGCAUGUGGCCCUUCACGUCACCCUCAGCUUCACCUAUAUGAAUAGCAUGCUGGAUCCACUGGUGUACUAUUUUUCCAGCCCGUCCUUCCCCAAAGUCUAUACCAAGUUCAAGAUCUGGGGCCUGAGACCCAAGCGCCCCAGAGAAUCAAAGACGCAGAACCCAGGGAUGCCAACAUCAAAAACCUGCUCAAAGAGUUGCGUGGGUACAGAGAAUUGCUCCAGAAGCCAUCCGGAUGUUCAGUGGGACCUCCAGAUGCUUUGACUGCCGUGCCCUGAUUGAACGGAUCGGGGUGCCAAAGGGACACGUGUGAUGGAAGUGAUUUGUGGGAAGGGUGGGAGUGGAGGAAGGAGAAGAGGUUGUUUUUGAAAAUACUGCCUUCUCUAGGUAUGUUCUCAGGAAUGGAUGGAACCCCCCUAUUAAAACCUCUUUGCCAUGUUCCA